GCUCUCACCGAGGUAUAAUAAGAACGGACGCGCUAACCUCAAAUAAAAACCAAUAGUGAACUCGCAGCACAAACAUUUCCGGUUUGGAGGUUGUGUUGUCAAGAUGUCUGUCCAUGAUCAACUUGCUCAAUGUUUGUGUGAUCUAAUCAGGUUGUUGUGGACAUUGCUUCUGCCAUGCGUGUUUCUGUGCAUGCUCCUGACCGCCACCCUGGUCGUGCUUGUCAUGGGGGUGCGCGUGUGGCUGCAGGCAAACAGGAACGCACGGCGAGCGCGUGAUGGGCGUCCCACGGUGGCUUUCUUUCACCCGUACUGCAACGCGGGAGGUGGUGGUGAGAGAGUGCUGUGGUGUGCCCUCAGAGCUUUGCAGAAUAGGUACCAAGAUGUCAACUUCAUGGUGUACACGGGCGACCAGGGUGUGACGAACCAGCAGAUUCUUGAUGGCGCCCGGCGGCGCUUCAACAUCCUUUUACCUCGACCCGUCCAGUUUGUCUUCCUCAAACACCGCCUGUUGGUCGAGGCCAGCCUCUUCCCCCACUUCACUCUGAUUGGUCAAAGUGUAGGCUCAAUCUUCCUUGGUUGGGAAGCCCUUACGGAGUUUGUCCCAGAUGUCUACAUCGACUCCAUGGGUUACGCCUUCACUCUGCCUGUGUUUAAAUACCUAGGGGGUUGUCACGUGGCUAGCUACGUGCACUACCCCACCAUCAGCACAGACAUGCUGUCGGUGGUGCGCGAGAGGAACCCCAGGUUCAACAACGCAGACUACAUCUCCAACAACCUGUUCCUGAGCGCGGUCAAGGUUGUCUACUACUGCCUGCUGGCGCUGCUCUAUGGUCUGGCCGGCUCCUGCAGCGACGUGGUCAUGGUCAACUCCAGCUGGACCCUGAACCACAUCCUGACCCUAUGGCGAGCGACCAACCGCACCUGCCUAGUCUUCCCGCCCUGCGACACCCGCGCCUUCCUCCAGCUCCCGUUGGACGAGGACUCGGACCGGAAGUGCCAUUCCAUCGUUUCCAUUGGUCAGUUUCGACCGGAGAAGGACCAUCGGCUUCAGAUUCGCGCCUUCCGGAAGGUGCUGCAGAAGAAAGAAGCGGGGCUAGUUGCGGGGCCGGGAGGAAGGGAGUCGCUGAGGUUGGUGCUGAUUGGUGGAUGCCGGAACCAAGAGGAUGAGGAUAGGGUGUUGAUGCUGAGAGGUCUGUGCCAGGAGCUGGGCGUGGCGGACAGGGUGGAGUUUAAACUCAACGUGCCGUUUGAGGAGCUGAAGAGGGAGUUGGGGGAAGCUACGGUGGGACUGCACACCAUGUGGAACGAACACUUCGGGAUAGGGGUGGUGGAGUGCAUGGCGGCUGGGACCGUCGUCCUGGCCCACAAGUCUGGAGGCCCCAGGCUGGACAUUGUGGUGCCCUACGAGGGCCGCCAGACGGGCUUCCUGGCCGAGGAUGAGGACGGCUACGCAGACGCCAUUGAGCGCAUCCUGGCCCUGUCACCCUCGGCCCGCCUGGAGAUCCGACGCAACGCCCGCCUCUCGGUCACCCGCUUCUCCGACCAGGAGUUUGAGGCCUGCUUCCUGGCCGCCAUGGAGCCUCUCAUGGGGACACUGGAGCGAUGAGGGGGGGUGGGUGGAAGUGUGUCACGCUCAUGGGUGUGCGCGUGCAUGCAUACUAGCCAUUCUUUUAGUUGACAUAGGAUACAGUUUGUGUUAAAAUGCACCAGGAAUACGUUGACUUAAAUGAAAGAUGUAUUUAUUGACAUGUCAGUCCAGGCGUCCACUCUCUUUCUAGAGGGUCUUAAAUGUUUUGUUUUUGUUUUGUUUUCAAGACCAUUGUAUUUUGUACUUGAGGCAUAAGAUUAGUGCUCGUCUAGCCUCCCAAGUUCCCCGUCUCGAUUGUCAACGCGUACAGAGAGCCGGCUGGUAGACUAGAUUAGUGCUCGUCUAGCCUCCCAAGUUCCCCGUCUCGAUUGUCAACGCGUACAGAGAGCCGGCUGGUAGACUAGAUUAGUGCUCGUCUAGCCUCCCAAGUUCCCCGUCUCGAUUGUCAACGCGUACAGAGAGCCGGCUGGUAGACUAGAUUAGUGCUCGUCUAGCCUCCCAAGUUCCCCGUCUCGAUUGUCAACGCGUACAGAGAGCCGGCUGGUAGACUAGAUUAGUGCUCGUCUAGCCUCCCAAGUUCCCCGUCUCGAUUGUCAACGCGUACAGAGAGCCGGCUGGUAGACUAGAUUAGUGCUCGUCUAGCAAGGACUGGACACAACUGAUUUUGAUGGCAUUCCAGGUUGUCUUUUUUUCAGUCAAACUACAAAUAUCAGAAGAUUAAGAUAAUUAGGUGGGUGCUUACAUUUGUAUUAUUUCACACGUGUGAAUUGGAAAUUGUUUAUAUCCCACCCAGUCAGGGAUCAGCCGUUAUUGACGGCAACCCUGGAGCAGUUGCCUCGCUCACGGGCAUGUCAACAUAUUUUUUUCACCUAGUUGGCUCGGGAUUUGAACCAGCGACCUCUUACUGGCCCAACGCUCCUAACCGCUAGGCUACAUAUAGUGUUUAAUGUGGUUCUUGGGAUGUGAAACAUCUCUAGGCAUUGUGAGAUCUGAUCUCUUGUGUAGUGUGACUACAAAAAAAAGACUACCUGGAAUGACAGCAGUAUCUGACUGUCUUUGAUGAUGACCAAACUCUGUUCGCUGACAUCAGCGAGAGGGUGGUGAUGAGCCUGUAGAGACUAACUUUACAAUUCUGAUGACUGCUGUGAUAAUUAACAUUGUUACUUAACAUUUUUAAAUAACUAGAAAUGCCGUUCUGUAUCCUAAGUAGGAAGUAUUUUUUUUUUUUAUAUUAAAACAUUUAUAAAAUA